CUGACGACACAGACUCUGCGAGGCAGUUUCUUCCCCUUGUUCCUGCUGUGCAUUGGGAGGCUUCAGAGGACCGAGAGGGAAGGAAACCAUACGUUCGCGCACGCUGCCUGGAAUUCAUUCAUUAUUCAAAGGGGAAAGCGACACACACACACACAAGGAUCGGAAAUACAGUGGAGUGGUCAAUUUCCUUCUCUCACUCGAGCUCUGCAUUUGGCAACAAGACGUUUCGAGACAUCAACAAACUUCACUGCAUCGUCCCCACCACCACCGAGUACCAGGAGCUGGGAGUAAAGUUGCCUGGACACAACCAGAAAUCCCCUCCCAGCUUCCUGGAGGAUGAGACUGAACUGAAGGGAAAGCACAAAAGAAGGACUGAUUCCUCGAACUCUGUUCGUUUGUCUCCUGGGCUAGAGAGAAGGAUGGAAAUAGACAACCAGCUUCAUGGUACGAAGAGUGUGAGUGUGGUGACGCCAAAGGGCCCGGCCUCUGAGUCGGCUGUGGUGGACGGUCAGCUGAACCACUUAGUUGGGAAAGGCCACAAUGGCAUCCAGAGUCAGCAUGAAUCACUGGACAGCGAUGUUGCGCAGGAGAUCAGGUACCUCGAUGAAGUCCUAGAAGCCAAUUGCAGCGAUUCUAACCUGGAGAAUGGGUCAAACAUGCCAGCUUCUCCUGAGCCAUGUACAAUUACGGUGGGCGGGCAAAGCCCGUCUGAUCCCAAGACAUCCGACCCUCCAGUCUCACUGGCCAAUUCCUUAACAACCGCGGCGAGGCAAGAGCCUCCUCUCACUGAGCAACAGGAGCCCGGCGAUAUGAAGAAAGAUGAGAUUAAGCUGAAUGGCCAUUCCCUGGGCGCCACCGUGGAGGAACCUCUUCCCGACCCAAACAGCGUGGGGGGAGAAGAACAGCAGGCAUCAAAUUCUAGGCGGUCCUCGAGGGACAGCGAAGCUGCUCUCAUCCCCCUGAAGAAAGAGGCCAAAUUUGAACUCCGGGCCUAUCAUGAGGACAAGAAGCCCUCCAAACUUUUUGUGGACGAUGAUAUAAAUGAAGCCUACAGGGUUAAGAAAACGCGAGCGUCCGAUGAGAUAGCAGAGCUCGAACGAGCCAGACUGGAGGUCAUUAAAAGCCAAGUGGUAAAGAAGAACCCCAGUAUUGCAGAGAAAUGGAAGCCACCACAAGAGAAAUCCAUUGAGGAGCAGCUGGACCCGGAUAAGCUGGAAUCGCACAAAAAAUACGCAGAGCGAAAGCAGAAGAAACAGGGCGGGGGCCUCUCCCCAGUGUCUCCAAGGCAGAAAGCGCAUGUUUUUGUAACACCGGACCCCAUCAUUGUAAAAAGAGAAGACGUUGUCACGGAACAAAUAGAUUUUUCCACAGCAAGGCAGCAGUUUUUAAAAAUGGAGAGUAGAUCUGAACCCAGCACUCAGCCCAGUCAGAAGCGGCCGGUGAACACUAAGGGGACUCCUGUAAGGCCAGGGUUAAGGGUGGCGGAGGCACCUAAGAAGGAAAAUGCUGCAGCGCUAGUCGUAGUGACUGAGCCGGCAGAGGUUCAAGGCCAGACAGUGCAUAUAGGGGUCAGUGAAGUGGCUGUUGUGAAAGCUUCCAAAGUCAGCUUUGUGCCUGAAGAAGGGCAAAGGGAUGCAGUCCAGGAGACACCACCAGCACUACAAGCCGAUCGGCAGAAAGAGGUAUCAGGCCUGGCGCCACCUCGACAAGCAUCUCCUGACCAAUUUAUCAGUGACAGCACAAAACAAGAGAUGGUCAACAAGGUCUACGUGGACGAUGAAGGGUUCACUCGGGUCAGGGCGGUUUUGACGGUGCUGAGUGAAGAUGGCGACAAUGACAUUUCAGACCAAUAUUUUAAGUGUGUUGAUCUUCCUGCCACUGCCGAAGAACUGGAUUCCGGCUUGGAUGAAUUGUCCCUUCGAUCCCAGGACACCACAGUGAUGGAAACUCUUUCCAAUGACUUCAGUAUUGAUAAUGUGAGCGACAGUGGUGCCUCAAACGAGACCAUGAACGUUUCCCUGGACUACUCCCUGGGUGGAUCUCAGGAGUUUUCCCAGCCUCAGACACCCCAUGCAUUAACGCCCGUUGACAGAGAAAGGGGUGAAAGCUCUCUAAAGAGGGAAGGAAUCUUGAGCUCGCUCAGCGACGAUGACUUGUACCAGCAAACAUAUUCGGGACUGUCAGAGACGGAACGAGAGCUGCAAUAUCGAGCAGAAAUGCUGGUGCAAAACGCCAUUCAGUUGGCACUUGCGCAGCAGAGCCAUGCAGACGCUGGGACGGGUGAAGGUCGUCAAAGGGUGUUGCAGCAGCCAACAGCGUUGGGUAGUGAGCGAACGGGCAUCGACCCUGUGCCUCUGCCAAAAUCAUGGACUGCAGUUUUGGAGCCAUCACAGGGACCGCCGCCUUUAGCUCAGGAGCAGGGAUCCUCUGUGCCAAAGGGUUCAGCUGAUGCCGAGACGGAGAGUCGCAAGGGGGAUUCCUUCCAGUUUCCCGCAGCGGAGGCUAGACAGUGCAGCACCACCGACGUCGCCCGGGCUGGGUCACCUCCUUCCUUGUACAAGCCCGAGUUCAGCCCUUUCAGCGACAGCGCCACCUACCUGGAGCCAACGGAUUAUUCCCGAAACAAUGUCUUUGCCAGCCACUCUCAGGAGCCGGAGGUCAUUGCCCAAACUGGGCCGUUUAAGCUGCGCUCACGCAAACAGAAGACCCUGUCGAUGAUUGAGCAGGAGAUCCGCGCAGCCCAAGACCGGGAGGAGGAGCUGCGGCGCCAGAGGGAGGUCCUCAGGACUGUGCAAAGACCCACCAAAGUCAGCCAACCCCUGCGACCAGCACAGACUCACUCCCCCAGAACAACGGCCCCAGGGAAGAUUGAGAAGUCCAGCCCAGCGUCACCCUCGACAGAAAGCCCCACGCCCCCCCCACAGCCGGAGCCCAUGCCGGCGGAACAGGAGGCUUCAGGACCGGGUCGUUCCAGGGGCCUGAUGGAGACGCUGCUGGAAGACUACGAGAUACAGAAGGUUAAACGGCGGGAGAGGCGGGAUGAGCCCAAUGCUGGGCUUGACCAUGGUAUCCAACAACAGCUGUGUUUGACGUUCAGUCUGGUGACAUCCCAUCCUUUACGAAAUCAUGCCUCUGUUCAAAAAUGCAUUCAAAAAGAUUGCCUCCAAAUAAGCCUCUGGGCGGUCCUGAAAUUGUGUUUCUGUGCAAGAGAAACAUUCUUAAUUGUUUAUCUAUCCUAAUGUCAAGAAGCUCGACACUAUCCGAGAUGGUGGUACCCAAUUGCUCUGCACCAUUUUAUUUGUUCACUCCCUCCACCACCAACACACAGUGGUGGCAGUGUGUGUACCAUGUACAAGAUGCACCGCAGCAACUCACCAAGGCUCCUUUGACAAUACCUUUCAAACCCAAGACCUUUAUCACCUAGAUGAACAAAGGCAAGAGAACACUACCAGCACCAAGUUCCUCUCCAAACCAUACACCGUCCUGACUUGGAACUAUAUCGCUGGGUCAAAAUCCCAGAACUCCCUGCCUAACAGCACUGUGG